AGGAACUUCACCACCGCACCCGCCCCUUCACCACGCCCGAAUAUUCUUCCCGCGGCCUGCCUUCACCGCUGGUCGGCCUCCAAGCAUGGGCCAGGCCAACUCCAGAGGCACGUCGGACCCGCGCCCCCGCAGCAGACUGCGCCCAACAUCAUGGGCGCCUUCGCUGAGUCCGCUGCCGCUGCCUGAGAGCGGCAGCGUGCCAGAGCUGCUGCGCUCGCCGCCCCCGUCGUCUUCGAGGCCGCUCUCUCAGAGGUUUAAUCCGUUCAACAUUUUGUCGACGCACCAUGAGCGCUCAGACGGCGCAUCGUCUGGGCGGGAUGGUGCCAUCACCAGUCUUCAGCGCCGCCGCUCCAGGAUCACGAGAGCACGCUCGUCCCUCUCUUCCAUCCCGAACCUCUUCCACCGCCGUAUUUCUAGCAGACCUCGCGACGACGAAUCGCCAUACGCCUCCUCCGCAUCCCCCACUUUCCCCGAAGCCUCGCGCUCCACGCUCCGACAUACCACGAGUACCGGAUACGAACGUAGCCCUUACCUCCCGCGAGUACAUGUGCCAGACUUGGAUUUGAAUUUCGACGACCUCCCCAACAACGCAAAUACCGACCCUUCGCAUCCACACCCACCGAGACUAAGCUCAGCGAGACGGGACGGGCGGGCCUCGUCUAUGAUCCCGUCCUUUCGGCCAGACAGAGGCCUUCGUAGCAUAUCAAGUUCGUUACGCAGAAGGCGUUCUCCAAUAAGGCGCGAAGAAGACCAGGCUGCUAUGCUCUCUCGCCUGCUUUCUGUCGCAGCAGCAGCUACCGCAGCUUCACUCAUGGGAGACGACCACAGAGCAGUCUCGGAAGCCCGCAGUGUGGCGGGCGAUGGCGAGGACGGCACCUUUGACAACUUCUUACAAGCUCUGCAGAAUGGGAGGAUUGCGUCGGCGCUGAGGCAGAGUGGCAAUAGCAACGAAGACGGAGCCGAUAUACUGGGUGGCCACCCCGCCCCACUCAACUUUUUCAGGAUGUUCAGGUUCGGUUCUCCUGUUGGAAGGAGGAACGAUACACCGUCAGGAAGUCGCGAAGGUGGAUCUGCGGAGAAUCAAGAUGGGGAGGAUGACGACAGUGGGAGGAUGGUUCCCAUCAUCAUCGUGGGCAUCAGGUCCAUCAACCCAGGAAGCGGGAGCUCGCAGGACGAUAAUAUCCCACCCUUCCUCGACGCCCUUUCCAGCUUCCCUACGCCCUUGUCAUCGUCUGAAGAUGACGCGAUGGAUGGGAUGCUACGUCAGCCCCCACAUACAACGAGGUUCAGUCACCGCCGGCGCGCCUCGAUGGGAGGCUACAAUAACCUUACAUCUAGUUACGACAACCAGAGACACUACCGUGCGCCUGACCGGCCGCGCCCCUGGUCCACCGUCUCCGACUCCCCCGCGGGUCCUCUCCCUCCUCCCUCAACUCCCGCUAGCUCUGGGCUCUCCGCCGUCUCCUCUGGAGCCACCACGCCGACCUUCUCCACCUCGCCGCCCUCCCCCACAGUCCAGUCUACAGCUCCAUCGCGACGUGGAAGCUUCAUGCGCAGAGCAACAGGGCCAAGCUUGGAGCCGCCCGCGGAAGAGCCUCAGACAUAUCACCGUACCCCACGUCAACGUCGGCUGAGCGAGUCAGACUUCACAAGGUUCGGCUCGGGUGCUUCGCGCAGGAACGGCGUUGUGGAGCCCGACCAUAACCCUGGAGAGGGUUCAAGAAGUUGGAUCAUCUACGUUCUCGGGGGCAGCUACCCAGAGAACCAUCCUAUUCUGACUACCCCAAGCCUCUUCACCGAUUCGCCUACGUACGAAGACAUGCUCCUUCUAAACAGCUUACUUGGUCCGGCCAAACCCCCGGUCGCGAGCGAAGAGGACGUGGCAUCUGCACCUGGUCUCUUCCGGAUUCGCAAUCGGUCGGGAGUUCUAGUGGCAGAAGCCAUCGAAGAUUCGGAUACCAUCGGCCUCACCGCGGAUGCGCGCUGUUUGGUCUGCCUGAGCGACUUUGAAGUUGACGAGGAGGCGCGCAGGCUCAUAAGAUGUGGACACUUGUUCCAUAGGCUCUGUAUCGACCAGUGGUUGACAACCGGCCGCAAUUCCUGCCCUCUAUGUAGGGGUCAAGGAGUGGAAGAGAAAUCUACCGACAGCGCAGAGCCAACUUCUCCUGACGUCGCGGAUGCGUCGUCACAAACACAUGCCUGAUGAUGCGCCCUUCCCGUCGGCGAUCCUGCCAUGAUCACUUUGGGAUGGCGGGUUCGCUCUUUCUUUUGCCGCAAACCCGUCUCAU